AUGUUGUACCUCGUUGGCUUGGGACUCGCAGAUGAGACGGACAUUACUGUCCGUGGUCUGGAGGUAGUGAAGAAGGCCGAACGGGUCUACCUUGAAGCCUACACGAGCAUUCUGCUGGUCGAGAAAGAGAAAUUAGAGGCGUUUUAUGGACGUCCUGUUACUGUAGCCGAUCGAGAACUCGUCGAGAGUGGUAGUGAUGACAUCCUCGCGAACGCGGACAAGGUUGAUGUUGCUUUCCUCGUUGUGGGGGAUCCAUUCGGAGCGACGACACACACUGACUUGGUCCUCCGGGCGCGCGAAUUGGGCAUAGAAUCCAAGGUUAUCCCGAAUGCAUCAAUCAUGUCUGGAAUUGGCUGCACUGGUCUACAGCUUUACAACUUCGGGCAGACUGUCAGCAUGGUGUUCUUCACAGAGAACUGGAAACCGUCCUCAUACUAUGAUCGGAUCAAAGAAAACCUUCAAUUCGGCCUCCAUACCCUCGUGCUGCUGGAUAUCAAGGUUAAAGAACAGUCACUGGAGAACAUGGCCAGAGGUCGGCUGAUCUAUGAGCCUCCGCGUUACAUGACUGUUGCGCAAUGCGCCAGCCAGAUGCUAGAAACCGAGGAAGAGCGAAAGGAGGGUAUCUAUGGGCCCGAUAGUCUCGCUAUCGGAGCUGCCCGAGUUGGAGCCUCCGAUCAAAAACUGGUCGCCGGAACCCUCCAGGAGUUGUCCCAGGUCGAAAUGGGACGCCCACUUCACAGUCUUGUUUUACUGGGCCGAAGAGCCCACGACCUAGAAAGAGACUAUAUUCGAGCGUUCGCUGUGGACAAGGCCACCUUCGACGCCAGUUGGCAGAAGGGAUAUGGCUCCAGCUGA